AUGAAGAGUGGCAAAAAGAAGACUGCCAACAGCACCCACACCAACGGGGUGACGAGCAAUGGGGCCGACGACAAGGAGCCCUUUGUGCCGCAAAUCUCGCGCAAGAUCAAAGCAUGUGCUGCCUGCAGACGACACAAAAUCAAAUGCCUGAUGGAUGAGUCGGGUCCUCCCUGUCGACGAUGCGCUGAGCGGAAUUUGGGCUGUGUGCUUAGCAAGAAUCUGCAAAGCAUCAUUGAGGAGAAGUCACAAUACUCUGAAGCCAUCGCGCAGGACCUCGAACACAUGCACACAGCAUUGAAGGAGUUGACCAAGAACGCCGGUCUGCCUGACCUACCACCACUACAGAGCGCGGCUCUACGCGACGCCGAUGGAUCGCCAGGGGCGGACAAUGUGCAAGUCGGCCACAUCAGAAACGGCCUGGGCGCACACCACGACGAUUACGGCCCGUCCUGCGACAACUCGCCCAAGAUCUCCCCCGAGGACGAGGGCCUGCCGUACGUGCCCAUCCACUCCCUCUACGCCCUCACCAAGAUGCGCGCCCUACGAUCACCCGAGACGAUCGAGGCACAGCGCCAGAAGACAGUGGACGACUUCAUCACGCGGGGCCAGCUCGGCCUGGACACGGCCCAGCGCCUGUUUGGCCUGUAUCGCGACCGCCUCGACCCCUUUAUGUACGGCGUCGGGUGCAAGUACAAGACGCUCGACGAGCUGCGCAAGAGAAGCACGAUCCUCACGGCCGCCACGCUCACCGUCGCCGCCCUCCACGAUGCGCAGUCCGACUCCAUCUACGGGACGUGCAGCACCGAGUUCCGCCGGCUCAUGGAGAGGAGCAUGUUUGAGAGGCGGGUCGACAGGGACUACCUGCGUGCCAUGUGCGUGGCGUCCUACUGGCUGAGUGACAUGUCGUGGAUGCUCUCGGGGUAUGCCAUUCGACGUGCUGCCGAGUGUAACUUGCAUGGCAGUCACAGUCGCGCACUGGCGGAGCAGACGGAGGAGGCAGCCGACAGCGCGAGACUGUGGUACAUUCUGUACAUUUGCGACCAGCAUCUGGCGACGCUCUAUGGGAGACCGUCCAUUGUGCAGGAGGACUCGUCGAUACAGGGCUGGGACAGCUUCUUGGACCUUCCCGUGGCCACCGACGAGGACAAGAGGCUGGCCAGCCAAGUCACGCUGCUCAGUAUCGUGAGGAGUGUUCGCGAGCUGUUUGGGCCCGACAAGGGUGAGGCUAUCCCGCGCGUCUACAUCAACCAGAUCAACCACUUCAACCGUCAGCUGGAUCAGUGGAUCGGACACUGGUCGAACACGAUGAAUGAUACACACCACCGCAUAGGCGCAUUUCCCCGAAAGGGGGCGCUUCUGCACUUCCACUUUGCCAAGCUGCAUCUGUACUCGCACGUCUUCCGUGGCCUCCCAGGCGAACAGCCGGUGCCUCACUAUUUCCUCGAGUGCGCGUCCAUGGCCAUCGCCUCGGCCACAUCCAUCAUCACCUUCAUGCGGACAGACCCGGACGUGGCAGCGGCGGUCAACGGUAUUCCGUCGUACCUCCACUCCAUGACGGCCUUUGCCUGCAUGUUCCUCAUCAAGGUGGCUGUCAAGUACGGCGGGGAUCUGAUCGAGAAGGACAGGGUGUACGAGAUGAUUACGGGCCUCGUGCACCAAUUCCGCACCCUGCCCACCGGCAAGUGGCACCUGGCCAACCUCAUGGCCGGCGGCCUCGAGAAAAUGGUGGCCACGCUCAACCCGGGGCUGGACGGGCAAAUGAUGCAGUUCCCCGACGGAACCACGAUGCGGAACAUGAUGGUCAACAGUCUUGGGGGUGGUGGUGCCCAUGCCCAAGCGCACCUGGGCGACCCAGCUUUUGGCGAGAUUGAUACGGACGCCUUCUUCGACUAUGGCAUGAGCUUUGGCCUGUCACCAGUGUUCCCGUUUGAUCCUACGACGUUCGCCCUGGACGGUACCGGUCAGGUCGCCACCGCACCCAUGCGAGACUUUACGACGGUCGAGUACCAGCAGGUUGGCUCGAAUCCAGGGACUUGA